CCAACUUCUCCUCCUUUUCUCUCUGGCCAGCUCAGCUGUCGCUUUGCUGAGGUCUGAUGGCAGAAAUAUAUAGGAGGUUUAUGAAAUGAAACACUCAGUCACAUGCUUUGUCUGCGACCCAUCUUUGAAAAAGUUUUGAGAAGCACUGGAAACACAGGUGAAAUUCCCAGCUUUCUCCUCAGAAGAGCAGUAUUGUCAUAGUGCAGCUGCAUAGCUGCAGAGGACACUGAACAUGUUGGUUUUACUUCUUUUUAAUUUUAAAUAAAUGAGCUAGAGAAAUCUUUGAUCUUUACUGGGGUCAGAAAGACUUUUAUUGAGAACUGCCAGAACCCGCAUCUAAGAAAUGCAGUAGUGCAUGAUACAUAGAAACAUUUCAAAGGUGUGUGAUGACCCAGGUUUGUGCUGCUACAAGAGCAACCAUCCAGAAACUUGGCGUUCUUGAAUCUGUACUGAAAAUACUUCACAUCAGCAAAAUAGUUCUUGUGGGACUUCUUGAGGAGAUGAAGGAGAGAAAGAAAGGCUGGAUUUCAAGUGUUGCUUUGCAUAUUGACAACUUAGAGAAGUUUUAUUUCAUUUCUCAUCUCUGUUCUGGCCCUUAUGAGAAGACCCUGUGAGUCUUCUGAAAUUCUGGUUGCAAAACUCCCACGUUAAAGAAAGUGUUAGAAACCCUUCCACAGUACUCUAGCAUUAAUUAUUCCUAGAAUUUCAAUGAAGUGGGAAGACAAUUCAAUGAACUUAAAUUUUGCAUUAGCAUUACUGUGUCUUAUACACUUAUCUGUUAUCUGUCCAUCUGGCAGCUCACAUGCUUGUUGGCAGAAAUGCUUUUAUUUCCUUUCCUGAAAAAUUCUGGCACUGAAUGUAUAAACAAGCAGCGCUUCUUUCUUCAUUUAUAAUUCAGCAUGAAAUUCUGAACAUUAUUAGUUAAUUAAUAUUAACUCUGGUGGAUGGUUGCUGGUGCUCCGAGCUGGAGCAUAUGGAGCAGCACCGCGUCCUCGCAGCCAGGAGCCGGCAGAUUGAGAUCCAUCUGUCAGCUGACACACGCACGAGCCCGAGUUUGUGCUGAGACUGCCAAGAGAAACUGGGGCUGGGGCUGGGAAUAGCAAUCCUGACUGUUCCUGGGGGAGGGAAAAGGGAAAAAUUACUUUCCCCUCCCCAAUUUGAUAGGUGCUUAGAAAGUGCCAGUAAAGAUUCCGUAAAAAGCGUGCUGUUUUUUGGUUCCAAAAUUAAUGUAUUACUAGUGAGCAUGCUGAGGACCCUCAGUUUACCAGUGGGGUUGUCUACAGCCUGUUGGGAUUUUGCUCAGUUUAGUUACUGGGAAGUCUCAAGUUCUGCACCAGGGAUAUGUUGGGAAGUACCUGGCAAUGGCUGCAUCUGUCAGAAACACCUGAUGCUCACAGACACUGCUGCAGGGAGCUGGGCUGGGCAAACAGCACUUUCUUAUGGACCUACUGAGUCUCAAAUGUACAGUAAAACGCUUCAGAGAACCAAAGCAUGAAAGACGUCCCUGGAGGAUAUGGUUUUUAGAUACUUCCAAGCAAGCCAUAGGGAUGUUGUUCAUCCACUUUGCAAAUGUCUAUUUAUCAGACCUUACAGAAGAAGACCCUUGUUCACUGUACCUUAUCAACUUCUUGCUGGAUGCCACCUUAGGAAUGCUGCUAAUCUACAUUGGGAUCCGUGCUGUCAGCAGCAUUGUGGAAUGGCAGCAGUGGGAGUCCCUCCGCUUUGGGGAAUAUGGUGACCCUCUGCAGUGCAGUGCUUGGAUGGGCCAGUGUGCUCUGUACAUAAUGAUUAUGACAUUUGAGAAAACCAUCAUCAUCAUAGUGCUGCUUAUACCUCAGUGGAAAGAGGUGGCUUUAUUGAAUCCCAUAGAGAACCCCCAGCUGGAGCUGGCAAUCGUCAUGCUGAUAGUUCCCUUCUUUGUUAACGCACUAAUGUUCUGGGUGGUAGAUAAUUUCCUUAUGAAGAAAGGGAAGACAAAAGCUAAACUUGAAGAAAAGGAAGCGGGACAAGAUUCAAGAAAUGGAAGUAAAGUCCGAUACAGGAGAGCAGCAUCACAUGAGGAGUCAGAGUCAGAAAUCCUUAUUUCAGCAGAUGAUGAGAUGGAGGAGUCGGACGCUGAGGAGGACCUGCGCAGACUGACCAACUUAAAGCCCAUCAAGAAGAAGAAGCAUCGCUUUGGUCUGCCUGUAUGACACAUUCCUUGGCCUGUGGACUUGCAGGUUUCAUAGCAAAAACUUCUGUCAGUGGGAUUUAAUGUUGCAAUUGCAUCUCCCUUUUCAUGCAAACUGACUUAGAAGCAAGGUCUACCAACAGAAGGCAAAGCAGUUGGAAGACUUCCAGUUCAGUUGCACUACAAACACACUGACCAAUUAUGCAAGAAUGUCUCCUCAUGGUGUGUGGGAAAUGGACGAGUCACUGAGGAUCAGAACAGAUACAGAAUCUUUCAGUUACUGAUGGGACAGUGUAAGGAGUUCUCAAAAAGGCAGCAGAGUUGACUAUGUUAAAGGACUGUGUUUUAUUACUAAAACUGGCUUUUGCAGCAUAAUUCCUAGAGCAGAAUAGUUUAUGGUUACAAGCUGUAACUUAACAUUAUUUUUUUAAGUACAGAAGUUUACUUGCUACCGGGUACCUAUGGAACUAAUAGGUGGAACAAAGAUUUUUUUCCAAGUCUUCUCAAAUCUAUCUGACUAUUUUAUAUUUAAGUUAUAUUUUCAUACAGUUGUAUUUAAAGAUUCUCUUUAUCAGAGAAAAGGGUACAGUUCCCUUUUUUGUGCAAAACAGGUCAAAAGAUUUGUAGUGAAAAUCUUAUUUAUCUGUCUCCUGAUUUAAGACAAAGGGAUUGCAAAGGGAACAGCUCUCUGUCACUGCUGAAGUCACCAAAUAUCACUAAAAAAUGCAGUCCUAUGUGUACUUUUGACCACAUAAUCUGAAAAUAUCUUUUUCAAUAAGAGGUGGUGUUUGCAUAUUUGACAAAGGUGCACUUUAGUGUAUAACAAAAAUCUGUUGUGAUAAAUUAUUUGUGAAAUUAAUAUCUAUGGAUGACUUAUUAUUUCUGUUUCUGCAAGUCUCUUGUGCAUACCUCUCAAAUUAUCCAAAAGAGAUGGAACAUUUCUGGUACUUUUCCUGUUAUAGGGCCUGCAGUACAGGACUGCGAUCUGAUUGAAGCAGUUGUGCAACAAUAUUGCAAAUACAAUUCUAUCCCUUGUUUUUUGUUGGAAAAGCAAUCUUCUACUUAAUGUGCUUAACAGCAGCAACAACAAAAUUUGUCCUAUUUAAUUUCCAUAAAGUCUCAUUAUCCUUCAGUAGUAAAAGAACAGCCCCAAGGGGUACAGUGCAGUUGUUACCACAGCAUUUCUGGGAUUUUCAGUGUCUCUUCUAAUUGAGAUAAUAUAAUAAUCUCUGAUAACUGAGAACACGUGGUGAUCUGAAACCUAGCAGACAUGUUUUCAGUGACAUCCUUUUGCUUUGCAUAUUUUCUAAAUGAUUGUUUCUGACAGCUUUCCUUGCUUAGCUAAACCUUGUGCAGGACAAGGCAAUGUGUCAAAGAGGUGACAACAGACCUUAAAUGCAAAUCUGUUGUAGUAUCUGGACACCAGAAAAAUUCCAAGCCUUAAAUCAGUUUCAUUGGAAAACUGCUCAGAACUUUUUAAGAUUUUUUACAUUUUUAAUAGAUUUACUAGGUCUUAAUGUGAUUUAUUAUCCAGACCACUUAACUGGGCCUUAGUAAAUACUGAACUGUGCGCUCCUGUGCUUACUUCCACUAUUCCAGCAUCCCUUUUCCCAGUGGCUGCCAAGGGGACACGAUGCUCUGUGACACCUGAGGGUGUCCAGCCAGCUCAAAGGGACAUUUACCAAACCUGAGGUUUUAACUGAGCUGCUGACCUUUGUUACUGUGCACUGAAAUGUAAGAACUGCAAUAAGUGACAGUACUAGUGUUUCCUUUAGACUAAAUCUAGAAACUAAUAACAGUGGAAGCUUACCUGAGUUCUUUUGACAUGGGGGUGGGGAUGGGGAAAUGUCCCUAAUCAGUGUUGCCUCUGGUUUGGGGGGUUUGGGGUUUUUUUAUUGGUUGUGUGACUCACAUCUUCUCUUGACUAUUGACCACUGGGCGGGCGCAGAUCUCCAAAAGCACAGUACUUCAAGGAAUUCAUCAACAGAAUAGUCUCCUACAGCUCACUUUUCCAAGGGGGUUUAAUAGUUAGGACUGGCUCUUGUCACAAUUGUCAGCAUUUCUUUUUUUUAGCAUAGGAUUUGUUCUAUUUCAGAUAGUGAACUAAAGCUACUGACCAUGUGCUACAUCCCAGUGCAGAGCCAUGGCUGUCCUUGCCAGCUGAGAUAACUGAGCAGCGCACACAAAUUUAACCCUAUGAGCUUGCAUCUUAUCUUCCUCUUCCCUCCUCCAGUUACUUCAAUUACCGAAAUGAUUCUAGUCUCAUGUUUAGUCUGUGAAGUGUCAGUAUAAAAUUAUGGCCUUAAUCAUGUAAAAAUAUUUGUUUUGAGCAGACCUCAAGCUUAUUGACCACAUACAAAACAAUAUAAAGCACUACGGAGCUGUUUCUCGAAGGAGGUUGUAGCAAAGGUUCUGAAUGCCUAAUUUUUCAUGUCUUAAGUGCAUAAAUGUCACUUGAUGUGAGAUCUAGAUAUGCCUAGCAAGAUGAUAUAGUAAAGCACUGUGAUCCAAAGACACAGAAGUAUUUUAAAUACCACAGUAGUAAGCUAGGAAGGAGGAGCAACCUUCAGAGGGGAAAAAAUUACUUUCUCUACUAAGACAAUAAUUUUAUUCAGAAUUUUAGCUAAAUAACAAAAUCUGGCUGUUUUUUCUACACAUUCUUUGUUAUCAUUGUGAAAGAGAUGGAAAAUGUAAAACUGUAAGUUUUCCUCUCUGUAAGGUAAAGAUUUGAAUUCUCACAGUAAAUAUGAGUAGGACAAGUCCUUUUGUCUGACAGGUUUGAAUGUGUGAGAAGGGAGAGUGUGUGCUUAGUGCUUCACUAUGUCUUACCACUUAUUAAAAUGUAUUGGCAGUACAGUCUGAAAUGGACUUUUCAUAAAGAGUUGAUCCAGUAGUGAUACUGCAACAUCACGUUUGCAUUAUCCUCCAGUUGUCACUCAGAUUUCUGCCUGGCAAGUGUGCUUCAGGACAGCUCAUGGCAAAGGUUUAAUUCAGGCUGUGCUUAGAAAAUAGGAUUCUGUUUAAUGAAAAUAAGCUAUGUAGUGAAUGCCAAAGUAAGAGAAAGGGAUUGUAACUUAGAGAAGAGGCACAGAAAUAUUGGUGGAGAUGGAAUUUACCACGAGCGGUCAACCUAAAUGCAUUAACUGUUCCUAAUAUCCAACCUGUGAACAUCUGCAUAAACUUCAAACACUGGUGUUGUCUAAUAUGUGGUUUCCAAGUUCUAGCUCCAGUAUGUUCAGGUCCCCUUGUCUUACUUUAAGUAGGUGAAUGCUGUCUGUUAAUGUUGCUAACUAAAAUGUACUAUAGCUUUUCUUCAGGGAAAACUCAGAAACUGAGUUGCAAAUUAGAGCAAUGCAAAGUGAUCCCCUCGGGCAGGUGUGUGCUCCGAUCCCUGCCGAGCCUGGGGAGGGGGGCCUGGGCUCUCCCGCUCUGCUCAGAGCUGAGCAUCACAAGGAAUCUCUGCCACUGUGCUUGACUAACCCGUGUUUGCAACUUUGCUGUGCUUUUUACAGGAGAAACCAGUAGUGAAAGCGAAUAAAUUCAGCCACACCAAGUCAGAGUACAUCUACAGCAUAGGCGUGCAAACUUUUUAAGGUGAUGUUUCCAGUUCAAUUACUGAAAAUGACUACUAUGGUUUUACAAAGUAAAACUGCAGUAUCUUUAAAAAAGGGACUCUUUUGUAGGUGUUUUCGUCUUGUGUGGGUAUCCGUCUCAAACUGAAUGUGGGUUUGUUUGUAAGUAAAUUCAGAGUAUAGCCAAUGUGAGCAAAACCAACAGCUGUAUUCUGCUGCCCUCUGGACCAUAUUGUUUAAUCAGUGGUGUUACCUUAAACUUUUAAGGGUAUCUGAUGUAAUUACAUUGUAUAAUGGUUUACAAUAAAGUUUGACUUAUUACAGAUUUGUA